AUGGCCUGUAAUCAUUCAAGGCAUGCAUCUAUUGCUAAUCAGAGUAGUCUGAUUGCUAGAGCAACUCUUCGAUUUGUAGCCACUACAGCUAACCAAAUAGACGACCAAAAUAAUAAAAAUGUUAAUGCUAAACCUUUGACGGAUAUGCCUGGACCAAAAGGCUUACCUUUUAUUGGCAAUUUAUGGACAAUUCUAAAGAAUAAUCGCUACUAUCAAAAUCGAAGUCAUGAAUUACUUUCCAUCUAUCAUGCUAAAUAUGGUCCUAUUUAUAAAUGCCGAUUGGGGAGUAUCGCCUUUGUUUACAUCACCAAACCUGAAGACAUCGCUAAAGUUUUUAAAGUCGAAGGCAAAUAUCCCAAUCGAGGCCCAAUAUUACCUUUUCUUAUUUAUCGAGAACAGCGUAAAAAACCAAAGGGUAUCCUGGUCGGUAUUAGUGAAGAUUGGCGUUUAUCGCGUAGUAUUAUGGAUAAAAAACUCUUAAAGCUGAAAGACGUCAAAGCAUAUGACAACAGACUAAAUGAGGUAACCACCGAUUUUAUUCAUUACAUCAAACGGAGAAGGAUAGAAGAUAACUUGAAUGGAGAGAUUAUCAAUUUGAAGGAAUGCCUUUAUAAAUGGUCUUUCGAGAGCAUUAAUACCGUGAUCUAUAACAAACGCCUGGGAGCUCUUAAUGAUCCUCCUAUUCCUUUAGCUAAAAAAUUUUAUACUGCAGUAUUUGAAAUGCUGGAUAGGACGGGUUUGUUAAGGUUGGUACCACCAUACUAUAAAUACAUUCAAACAAAAUAUUGGAAGGAAUAUUGCGGUUUUUGGGACACGUUAUUCGAAAUUGGUGAAGAGCUGAUUGUCGAAGAGCGUGCACGUUUACAAAAGUUAGCUGAUAGUGAUCAUGCAGGCCAAAUACCUCAAGAUUCUCAUCGAAGUGAGAAUAUGGAAUUUUUGCCCUAUGUUUUAUCUCGUGGUGAAUUAACUGACGAGCAAAUCACUGCAAAUAUUAUAGAAUUGAUGGCUGGUGGUGUAGACACGUCUGCCAAUACGAUCACAUCAGCGCUGUACAUAUUGGGUAAAAAUCCUGAUAUACAAGAAAAUUUAUACCAAGAAGUCAAAAGCGUAAUAAAGGAUAGAGAAUGUUUAGACUGGGAUUCGCUUCAGAAAAUGAGCUACUUGAGAGGUGUACUUAAAGAGAGCCAAAGAAUCUAUCCAGUUGUCCAAGGAUUAUCACGUAUAAUAGCUAAAGAUGUAGUACUAAGCGGAUAUCAUGUUCCAGCUAAAACUAUGAUUAUUACUGGUUCGUAUGCAAUGGCAUUUGAUAAAUCAUUAUAUGAUGAACCUGAUAAAGUCAAACCGGAGCGAUGGAUACGAUCAUCAGAGCAAAAACAGCCUCCAUUUAGCUUCCUUCCUUUCGGAUUUGGAACGAGAAUGUGUAUUGGUCGACGAAUAGCUGAAUUAGAAAUGCAAAUACUGCUUGCACGGCUUGUCUACGAAUUUCGAUUGGAUACCCUUAAUACCGAGAAAAUUAAACUAAUUAAUAGAAUUGUAUUGUCACCGGAGCAAGCUAUUCGAAUUGCAUUUCAUCCCAGAAAUUCUUAA